AGCAAGUUCUACCUGGGUGAAUGCACAAAACAACACGACAGGGGGUAUUUUGGAGCUGCAAAAGAGUGAAAGACACUGGUAUGUUAAAAAUAAAAAAGAAAAGAACUAUAAUCCUCAUUUCCUGAACCUCAAUUUUCAUUCUCCGUAAGGAAAGAAUUUAUAAACAAUUCAGUGAAACACUUGAGUCAAACUAUACGAUAGGAGCAGCCGUCUCCCCUCACUGCCACCACUGCCUCACUUCCAACUAUAAUUUCCUUCCAUCUUCAAUCAAAGAAGUUCAGUUAGGAGGGACCAAAGAUGCAAACAGCCUUUCAACUUCAUCCUAUAAUUUUCUUUUCUAGCAGAAAGAACUCUAUCAAAUCUGAUGGGUGGAUGAAACUAGGAGGUUGGAAUUCAAGUCGACUUGGUGUCACUGCAAGAGGUGAGAGUCUUAGACUUCUAGCACCCAUCCACAAAACCAGAUUGUUUGUGAUUUCCAACACAGAUGAUGGCCACCAAUAUGCCCCUGUGCUAGAAGAAGACAGCAAUACAAACCAUGCACCCUGUUCAGAACCGGAGACAUUCUUUAGCAAAUGGUCUCCUCCAGGGUACUUAUGGAGAGGAUUAUCUGUUCUUGUCCUUGCGGGACAGGUUAUUAUUAGGACUCUAAAGGGUAAAGUCCACUGGAGGAAUACCCUCCAACAACUGGAGAGAGUUGGACCUAAAUCAGUUGGUGUUUGCCUUCUAACCUCUGCAUUUGUUGGUAUGGCCUUCACUAUUCAGUUUGUUAGAGAAUUUACCCGAUUGGGUUUGAACCGAUCAGUUGGUGGGGUAUUGGCCUUAGCCUUCUCAAGGGAGCUAAGUCCCGUGGUUACAUCAGUUGUGGUUGCUGGGCGAAUUGGAAGUGCGUUUGCUGCAGAAUUAGGAACGAUGCAGGUUUCUGAGCAAACUGACACGCUGAGAGUUCUUGGGUCGAACCCUGUUGAUUAUUUGGUCACGCCCAGAGUGAUUGCUUCCUCUUUAGCUUUACCAUUUUUAACUCUGAUGUGUUUCACGGUAGGCAUGGCAUCAAGUGCCCUUCUGGCUGAUAGUGUUUAUGGGAUUAGCAUUAAUAUCAUCCUAGAUUCAGCUCAAAGGGCCCUACAAUCAUGGGAUAUAAUUAGUGCAAUGAUCAAGUCACAGGUUUUUGGUAUGAUCAUAUCUAUUGUGAGCUGUGCUUGGGGAGUUACCACCAUGGGAGGAGCCAAAGGUGUGGGCGAGUCAACAACUUCAGCUGUGGUUAUCUCUCUUGUUGGUAUAUUUAUGGCUGAUUUUGCACUCUCAUAUUGCUUCUUCCAAGGAGCUGGAGAUUCUUUGAAGAAUUGUGUAUAAUGAGGCUGGCCUGUUUGUUGGCAUCUUUUACAGUUUUCUCAAUGGUGUUGUUUGAUGGAUGGCACCUACAGAGACAGAUAACAUGUAAGUAAAAAUCGUAGGUUAUGGAAAGUCCUGCAGUGUUUUAUUAAUAUUACCAGCCUGUACCCUCCAUGUCCAAUUCUCAGUGACUCAGUGUUGAAGUGCCCGAUGCUUGAAGUAAUUUCAGUAGAAUGAAGAGAAAUGUACUUUUUUGGGUCAGUUAAGGCCACCAAAUUUCGAUAAAAUUGCUUUCAA